GGAACCUGCAUAUUGGUCUGAAUAGAUCUGCAGCCUGAAUGCAGUGGAUCUCCUUUAUAACUCAAGGAACAAAUGCAUUAUAUACUUAACUUACUUCUUUGUGAUUAACCUAUCUGAUGAUACCAUGAACCGAGAAGAAAUCUGGGUUGCAGUGACCGCCUUUUUUUCAGGAGUGCUGUUUCUCUGUGUGCUCGCACUCCUCUGCUUCUUCACAUGCCGACUAGCCUCUAGAGUGAUUCCUCUUGGAACACCAUUGCAUUUCUGAACAUAAACGGAGAAGACUUGAGAAAUAUUUGCCUGGGGAACAGAUGCUGAGAAAUGAUGUAUAAAGCGGGCAUGAUUAAGGCUAUUACACUCAUCUUGUCUUGCUUGCUCUGGCAAGUCCAGGGGAAGCCACUUUUUCCUGAACAGGAAAAGAAUCCUGAAUUCUGGAACUCAUGGGCACAGCGUACUCUGGUGAAUGCUCUGAGGGAAGAGCUCAACACAAACUAUGCCAAAAAUCUUAUUCUAUUCCUGGGAGAUGGUAUGGGUGUACCUACAGUGACAGCAGCAAGGAUCUUGAAGGGACAGCUAAGCGGCCAAUAUGGAGAGGAGGUUCAAUUGGAGAUGGACAAAUUUCCCUACGUGGCUCUCUCUAAGACCUACAACACGAAUGCUCAGGUGGCAGACAGCGCUGGCACGGCCACGGCAUACCUGUGUGGAGUGAAGGCCAAUGAGGGCACGGUGGGCGUGAGUGCAGCAGCUGUGAGGGGAUGGUGUAACACCACACAGGGCAAUGAGGUCACUUCCAUCCUUAAAUGGGCCAAAGAUGCAGGGAAAUCUGUGGGAAUUGUAACAACAACACGAGUGAUGCAUGCUACCCCGAGUGCAGCAUAUGCACACUGUGUGGACCGUGACUGGUACUCAGAUGGUGAAAUGCCUGCUGAGGCAGUGCAGCAGGGCUGUAAGGACAUAUCCAGACAGCUCAUUGAGAACAUUCCCAACAUUAAUGUAAUCAUGGGUGGUGGACGAAAGUACAUGCUUCCUAAAAACAUGUCGGAUGUGGAAUACCCCAGUGAAAAGAAGUACAACGGGACACGCAAAGAUGGCCGGAAUCUUAUCCAGGAAUGGGUCAACAGAACAAAGUACAAGAGGGGUCACUACGUUUGGAACAAAACAGAUCUCCUUUCAUUAAACCCGUCAUCUGUUGACUAUUUACUGGGAUUGUUUGAGCCAGGAGACUUGCCUUAUGAGCUUGAGAGGAACAGCAGCACUGAUCCUUCCCUCACUGAGAUGGUGGAUGUGGCCAUAAAGAUCCUCAAUAAAAACCCCAAGGGUUUCUAUUUGCUAGUCGAAGGGGGCCGAAUUGAUCAUGGGCACCAUGAGGGCAAAGCAAAACAAGCCCUGUAUGAGGCUGUAGAAAUGGACCGUGCUAUUGGUCGAGCUGAUCUCCUCACUAGUACCUACGACACCAUGACUGUCAUUACCGCCGAUCACUCGCAUGUCUUCAACUUUGGAGGCUACACAAGACGUGGAAAUUCUAUCUUUGGUUUAGCACCUAUGUUGAGUGAUGUUGACCAGAAGCCCUUCACAUCUAUUUUGUAUGGGAAUGGCCCUGGGUUUAAGCUUAUCAAUGGUUCCAGGGUCAAUGUCUCCACUGAGGAUUAUCAGGCCAACAACUAUCAAGCGCAGGCAGCCAUUCCGUUAAGCUCCGAAACUCAUGGAGGUGAAGAUGUUGCCGUUUUUUCCAAAGGUCCCAUGGCACACUUGCUUCGUGGAGUGCAAGAGCAGAACUACAUACCUCAUGUCAUGGCGUAUGCGGCCUGCAUUGGCCAGAACAAAGACCACUGCACCUCAGGCAACAGCUCCGCUUCAUUGGCCACAACAUUCUAUUUACCUUUAGGUCUUUUAAUUGUAGCCUCUUGGUUAUUAAGCUAAACUCUCUGUUUUUAAAAACCUACAUACAAAUGUACUUAUAGACUUUAUUAUCUGAACACCAACUGAUGGAUUUAAAAAAAAUAAUAAUAAUUUUACAUUUUUACUCUCCGUUUUUUUAAACAAUCUUUGUACAGCAUUUUACAUUUGGGGAUCAAUUAUUGAGCAAUUUGAAGUGAAAGAAAUAACUGACUAAAGGCAAAUUAAGACAGAUAUCAUAAAAAUGGAAAUAUGUUUUUUUCUUCUCCUGUAAUUUCAAUAUAGAUUUUAAAUGUUACAAAUUGUUUCUAUAUACUGGAUAAUGUUUUAUUUCUGAUGCCCUGGUAUUUUCUAGCUGUAGAGCUGUAGGUACUUCUAUAUAGUAAUUCUAAGGUAAUUAGUAUUAGGUAGGUGAUUCUAUAUAGUUUGAAUGAUAAUUCUAUAUAGUUUGAAUGAUCAUUAUUAAUUAUUUGUUAUUAGGAGUAUAAAAAUCAACCAAGACUAUGAUGGAGCAUUGCACACAGGUAUCACUGUGCUGUCACGUUUAUGGGAAAACAAUCUUAGAUCUGAACUUUAAUGAUUCUCUGUAUGACCUUACCUGCCUCUGAUUUUCAAGCCAUGAUUUAUGGCUUUUAAAUCUUCAAAAUAUUUUUUCCCUUUUAGUUUUCAAAUGAAGCCUUGACAGUGAUACUUGAAUGCUGUUUAUUUCUUUCUAUUACAAACACAAUUACUUUAGUUUUUAGUUGCUAUGACCGUAAGAAGAUUUGCGUGCGUCUGUGCUUUGAAGUUUGGCCAGUCAGUGUCUAAGGUGAGUCAGCUGUGCUGAGAAUGAAUGAAGAAUGUACGGGUGUGUCUUGAAGAAGGGAAGUUCAAACACUUGAAACACCUGAUACUCAUAUAAAGUGUUUAUAUCUAAUAUUUUUUGGAUAUCUUGUCCUAAGAACUUUGGACAAUACUGUACAGUUACAAUCCACAAAAUAAGGCCCCAACUUCCUAACACACAU